AUGAAAGCGAUGAUUUUAAUGUUUAAUGUACCAUCAUGUCAACUUGUACGAUCACAUAUUCAAGCAGAAUCCAGAAAUUCAACUAUAUUACAAUCAUGUAUAUUUAAUUUCAGUCAACAUCAACCAGAAGUAUCAUCUCAUAGACAUGAAUUUAUAACAACUGGAUCUCAAAAUUUAUCGAAUCAGUCAGGAAUGAAAGAAAGUCAAAAUGGAUCAACAUGUCAAUUUAUUACAUUAUUUCCAUUGAUUCAUUCAACACAAUCGGAUCGAACUGUUCUUACAAAUAUAAAAAACCACUGUCAUUUUUUAUCGAAUACAGUUCUGAAUGAUUUUCCUGCAGAGCUUUUCUUACAAAGAUCAUUUACUGUUAAGCGUUUACUUGCUCUAUUAAAUGAAAAUCAUGAUGAUCUUAUUCAAGCAGCACUUCCAAGUUUAAAAGAUUAUACAAUUAAUUUACAAUGA